AUGAAAUCCGUUAAAUUUAGCGUCGGUGUGUCGGAGCGUGAGGUGGACCGUGAACCGGCGGAGGGAUGUCCCUAUAUGUGCGGGAUGUGUCCGUCCUGCGCCUUCGCCCCCAAUCCUCCGGGCGUCCGGUGCGUGCGGAAAGUGUCGGAUGAGUUCAAGAGGAGGUUCAUGGUGGAGCUGCUGCUGCGGUGCAGGAACAUUAAAGUGCUGGAGAGCAUCCAGAGGGUCCUGGGUGUCACCUCAUGGACUUUAUUCACUUAUGCCAGAUCCAGGAGCCCGACCUCCCCUCAGGAUUACCGCCCCUCCCGCAGCGCGCAGCGGGGGCUGCACGGGAAACCGCUCGGGAUGGACCUGAAAGAGAUCUGGGACUGGUUCAACAGCAGCUCCGACUGGAUUAAAUCACGAUAUCUGUGCCGUCUGUUCUCUCUCUGUGACCCGGAACUAUUACGCAUGGUGGCUAAUUUAACCAGCGUGCUCCUGGUCAGACAAAAACGAGGGUUUCUGCAAUUUAAUGUGAGUAGUCGUCAUACCUGUCAGCGUGUUGAUGGAGACUCGGAGGACCCUGCUCUCAUGGUGGUGCCUGGAUCCUCAAAGUCUGUAUCCGGAGUCAGCCGCUACCGAGACUUCAUCAGCUGUCUGCCUGUUCACCUGUCAAAGAGGAUAUUAGGUCUUUUAGAUGAGCACACCUUGAGACGCUGCCAGAAAGUCUGUCAGUACUGGCAGCACCUUGCACGGGAAACCGAGGAGGAAAUCAAGUUCAGACGACUUUUCCAGGAUCAAAUUGCAGCAAUGAUGAAGAGGUGCAAAGGUAUGAAUAUAGUCAGUCCUACUUAUGCCAACUUCACUGCAGUCCCUGUACCUGCCAAGGAUGAUGAGAACGUGGAUAUUCACCCCAAUGUCCAAAAGAUGAAGCCGUUUGAAGCUGCUUACGCCAAAACCAGAACCAAGACCGUGCAAAUGGAAGAGCGAAAUGUUUACUGUGGUGCAUAUUUCACCACGAUGCUGCUGGACCAAGAAGACCCGCGUCGGGUGGUGGACUACAGAGGGGGCUCGUUUAUGGUGACAGGCUCCAACGACCGCGUGGUGCGUCUGCUUUACGUGGCGUCGGAGACCAAAGUGGUGUCGGUGCUGAAGGGCCAUGUGGGCAGCAUCCGGGCCGUGCUGCUCUGUGACGACAGAGACCUGCUGAUAACUGCCAGCUGCGACGCCAGUAUCAGGUGUUGGGAUAUGAAGACGGACAGGUGUGUGAUGGUGCUGUAUGGUCACACUGGCACCGUCAACUGUCUCGACGUCCACGCUGACAGACUCGUCUCAGGAGCUAAAGGCGGUUCAGUCAGAGUGUGGAGUCUGAACACAGGGAAGCAUUUUGAGGAUUUCCAUUUCAAGCACCUGAGUCCCGUCCAGUGUGUGAGGAUCAACACGAGAAGGGUGUACAGCAGCUGUGACCGGGGCUUCGUCAAAAUAUGGGACAUGGAGAACGCGGCGCUGCUCAGAGUGAUCGACACCCACAGGAGCUCAGUGAAGUGUCUCUUCUUUGACGAUUGGCACCUUUUAUCUGGGGACUCUAACGGUCAGGUCAUGGCCUGGAGCAUCGACUGCAGCACUAGAGAGUGUCUCAUGACCUUCAGCCACCCAAAGGAGGUCAAAUCUCUAACUCUCGUCUACCUGCGUGUCGUUACCGGCUGUGCGGAUGGAAAGAUUCGGAUAUUUAAUUUUCUCACCGGAGAUUGUCUGAGAGAGAUCACUGCAGAGGCUGAAACAGGCCGAAUCCUGUCGCUGCACUUCCACGACAAUAGAAUAUUAGUGAACGCAACAACCAGUGUGAAGCUCUACCAGUUUGCCAAAGUGUUCUGGGAUUACGCAGAGUCAGCAGAGGGAGGUCAGGGUGAUGCGGUGGCUCAGGAUGGUUUGGUUUCAGAGAAAUCUGCAGCUUCGCUCAGAAAACUUCUCUUCACCGACUGCAACAACAAGAAGCCAGAGAGAGCUGAGCUUCUUACCUGCUCCCUGCCUACCUCUGCGAAAUGUCGAGCACAAGCCAGCGAGCGCUGUGCGAAAGAGUCGGUGAUGCUGAGUGAGAAGGCAACAAGUGAACGCAUGAAGAAGAGGGGGCUUCAUCACCCUCUGACACGUGACUCCAUCCUCCUCAGGGUCAACGCCAUCCACAAGGCGCAGUGCACGGACGAGGUCAGCAUCAACAUGGAGGUCAACGCCAGGCUGAGGGAUUCUUGGGGACCUUCAGAUCCUUCGCGCUGCAACAUGAAACAGACUCAGGCGUAUCCACAGUGGCACACACAUGACGGCCGUCACACGAGGGCAAAGACGUGUGUUCCAAUUUUAAAGAGAGCCGUCAGUCAAAAUAUGUCAAACGCGAUCAAACGCAGAGACGUCUCCACAGCUCCUGACACCACGAGGAGACGCCACAUGAGUUUAUGUUGUAAAACAGCUCAGCCACACAGUGCCGACGCACGCAGGGCAAUCAAGAGAGUGAGUGGAUUCAAUACAAAAGCCACAGAGGAGACUACUGAGUGCAUGCCACCUAAUCCAGAGCACUGCAUGAAAACCAGCACCAGCUUGCCCAGGAUCAGCCCAGCGGGUCCACUCAGAGAGCAGGGAGGGUUCAGGCUGCUCACAGUGACCCAGCUGGAGGACUGUCGGGCCAAGACGGCUCUCACUCAGAGCUGUGAGCAAAAACUGUCAAAGAGGAGUCAGAAGCAGGAGAAAACACUGUGA